AAAAAAUUAAAUUAGAGACGAUGUAAUGAUAAAAGAAUAUGCUGGAAAUUGGCAGUCAUCAAGUGACUUUAUGAGCAUUUGAGAACGACGCAUAUUAAAGUUUUUGAAUGACUAUAGACUUUUGAAUGAAUAUUAAAGUUUUAAAAUGACCACGAAUUUGUACACGCAAUAUGACGGCUAGGAAAUUCUACGUCAAUUUGGAUGUUAAAAAAUAUUUAAUUCGACACAAUAGUUUUUCAUUGUAUUCUUAUAUUUGUUUUGCUGAGAUCUUUUAAAUAGGCUUAUUAAAUUGUAGCAAUUGCUUGCUGCCGAGAGUAUCUAUAAUGACAGCAAUUAGGAAUUGCGAAUCUUCGCCGUGCAACGAAUACGUGUUGUUUGACAAACGAUUCGUUGACAUACUUGUUCAAGUUUGUUUCCACAUGCGUCAUUACGAGAGGAUGGUCCGGGGUGCGGAAAAGCAUGCACGUGCGUGUUGCCCAACGCGCAGCCGCCCUAUUCACAAUGAUGAUUCUCCGCCAAAGUUUCAGAUGAUCCGCGGUCACUUACACGCGCAUACCCCGAGGGAAGUGCGGCCCAAACAGUGCUGUCGCUAUUAUUCAUAACCGUCGGGAUGGAAGAAACUGAAGUGGAUCGUUUCUUAGCCGAACAAAUACGCAAAUGCGAUCAAUUUCUCAAAGACAUGCCGUCAACGAGAACGCCCACGCUAGGUAUGUUUGGCGACGCGAUGUCGGAAGCCAUCGGGAUCAGUUUAUCCGGGGACAACGUCACUGAUGAGGAUCGAUUGAAGAAUUAUCGCGGCAUCGCCAAGACCAGCGCCGUCAUCGACGAAGGCAACGGAACAGAGAUUCGUCAAUGUCCGCCGACCUUCGACGGUAUACUCUGCUGGUCCAGCACUGACGCACCAGGAACAGCCACUUUGCCCUGUCCACCGGCCUCGAUCAUGGGAUACACCGAUCUCGCGAGCGACAAUUUAAGAGCGCUCACGGUGGCCAGCAAGGUCUGCCUGGCGAACGGCGAGUGGUACCAGAACUCGGACGGGGUCGCCUGGAGCAACUACAGCCUGUGCGUGCUGAACAGCACGCGUUACAUCGCCGAGAAGAAUCUGACUUACUCGCGGUGGUACGAAACGCCGGCGGAGUACGCGUUGCUAAAUAAAUGGCUGCCGAUUAUCAGAAUGGUAUCGCAUAUCGGAUACGUGACUUCGUUCACCACUUUAAUCGUUGCCAUGGUGGUUUUCUCCUUACUUAGGAAACUUAGGAAUCCCAGAAAUAGAUUACACAUGCAUCUGUUUGCGUCCUUUAUCAUGAGAGCUUUCAUGGCACUCCUCAAGGAUUGGAGUUUUAUAGACGGUAUUGGAUUGGCCUGGGACGUCGUCUUUGUCGACGGGAAGAGUGCUUUUGUCAGGGAGCGCAAUACUUGGGCCUGCAAAGUCAUUACGAGUCUCUGGCAAUAUUUCAUCGUGGCAAACUACUCGUGGAUCUUGAUGGAAGGAAUGUAUUUGCACAACCUGGUUUUCCUGGCACUAUGUACCGACACCAGCACAAUAACUCUGUAUAUUGUGCUAGGAUGGGGUCUCCCCGUCUUGGUAGUAGUGUCGUGGAUUAUAAUACGGCUGACUAUCGAGGACAUUCUCUGCUGGACAACUUAUCAGAACUCCUCAUUGUUUCUCGUCAUAAGAAUACCAAUUAUCAUAUCCAUUUUGUUUAAUUUUCUACUGUUCCUCAACAUCGUCCGCGUCUUGCUUGUGAAGCUGAAGACGUCGGUGCAUUUGCAACGGAAGAAGAUGAAAUACAAGAGAUGGGCGAAGUCGACUCUGGUUUUGGUGCCGCUCUUCGGGAUACACUAUACCUUUUUCUUGGGAUUAUCUUAUCAUAAGGACUACCGGGUAGAGCUCGUCUGGCUCUUUUGCGAUCAGCUGUUCGCGUCCUUCCAGGGCGCCUUCGUGGCUUUCCUUUAUUGCCUGCUGAACGGCGAAGUCAGGGCGGAAAUGCGACGAGCGUGGAAGGCUCGGCGAUCAAAGAGAGAGGUCGACUCCUUCAUCUCCGGGAAUACGAGAAAUUCGAGGGACGGAAUCAAUAGAAAGCGGCAUCGAUCGGAAGGCGAUGAUGGCGCCAAUUUCGCGAUUGCAACCAUAAAAAAGGUGUCGGUGAAAGACAAGUAGUGAGAUUCAAUCGGCUGUCUCAACGUCGAGUAUAUGUUUUAUUUAUAAUUCGUCUAAAUAUCUAACAAACACAUUGAUUAUUAUAUUUAUUAUAUAGAUAUUGAUUGAAUAGCGAAUAUCCGGGAAUAAUGAAAUCAUGAAGAGGUGAAGCGUUUCUUUGCAAGAAAUAUCUUUAAUUUGGACAUAUAAAUCCUAUUGUAACUUUUCUUUCUGUAACUAUACUAUAUUACGCUUGUGCUACUUUUCUAAAUGUUUGACAUGUUUCAGUAUACUUGCUUCGUAAAUGUUUCUAUGCCGACGUUUACGUUAUAUAGGAAUGUGUAUAUUGAAUAUGUGUGACGGCAAAGAAAAUUGAGGAUUAAGGAACGCCCAUGUUCCUAUGCGGGAUCGAAAAGAAUGAUUUAUUUUAUAAGAAAUUUGUUUACUUUAUACCCAAAUAAUCAUAUACAAAAAUAUAAUGUUUAGUGUAACGCAUAGAUCGCUGCUAAAAUUAAUUGUUAUUAAAGUAUUGCUCGAACGCUUUUGCCAAUAUGCACGUUUACUUAUUAUCUUUUAAGCUGAAGUCAUUUCUUUUAAUUAGUACAUAAAAACGAGUAGCUUUGAAAGUUUAACUCUUUGCGCUGGAAUAUCGACUCGUUGAGCUCUCUGGAUAAAAUCCCUGCACCUGUAAAUCAAUUUAAUUGUAGCGCAAGGGGUUGAUCAUACGAAGGUAACGGACAAUGUAGUCUCUUGGUAAGGUCUACUAUUCAGUAUUGAUUUUAUCUUAUAGGUUUCGUGCUGUUGCUGUCACUGCUAUUUCAUAUAACUUGAUUCACUUUAUUCUUCUUUUAAUCAUUACGAGCAUAAAUCCGACGAUAUCUCGUUUGUAGUUGUUAAUUUUCCUUCGUAAAUAUUGGAACAUUUAGAUAUAUUUCUUUAACGUUGUGUUAUUUCCCAAGUUAUAUGUAUACAUAUGUGUAUUUGUAUGUAACUGUAACAUAACUGUAACAUAACUGUAAUACAGGGUUGGGAAGUAACUCGUUACUUGUAACGAGGUUGUA